UUUCAAUUCAAAUCAAUCAUUUCACUUUGAAUUUUCGUAGCGUUCAGUUCAGCUCUGCGUGUUGUGGAAAUAGCUAGGAGGCUGUAAUCGCCCACCAUCAAAGUCCUGUGUGAAGAAAAAUCCUUCGUUUGUCCAUGUUCUGUAGUCCAUGAAGCGUUGUUGAAGGCGUUUGAUUUUUCUGUUAUAUCUCCGGAUCGUUUGUGUCGAUUCCUUGUUGCCGGAAAAAAUAAUCAAGAGAGAAGAAAAAACGCGACGACGACGACCAUCACAAAGUGUGUGCGCCAGUGUGUAAUACAUAUAACCGCCGAAGAGAGUCGCUAGUGUAGUGUGCAGCGCAAAUAUAAAAAAAAGUAUAACAAAGGAAAACCGUAUCUCAUCGGAGCUGUCCGGCUUCUCGUCGAUUCCUUUUAGUAGCGUUCGAGUCAUUUGCGAGAGCAGUGCGUUGUCGGUUACGAGUCGAGUGAGUUUAAAACAGUGUAAGGAGUCUGGUUACCAUUUUCUCCCCAAGUGACAUCCUAGAGGAAAGAAGUUAGCUGUCAUUUUACUUCAGUGCAGUGUGUGCAGCCAAGCAGUGCGUUUAAGCCCCCCGGCAAUCAGGAGAAAUUACAUAUGCUAUAGGAGCAACAGCCGGAUCGAAACACGUGAAAUACGCUUCCCAAGCACACAUCAGUGAAAGUCUAUCUUUUCCUAUACAUAAAAAAGACUAACCACCCCAAAUCGAAUCGAAAAUGACCGAAACUACCGAAGCUCAAGUCGCUGCUGAGGUCAAGACCCCAUCGCCCACGGCAGAGAACGCGACGGAGGUCCCGGCAGCCACCACCAAUGGCCACGCCGAAGAGCAGCCCGCCUCCGAACAGAAGCCCACGGAGGAAACCAACGGAACGAGCACCGAGGACAAAGCCAAAUCCGAACCCAAGGAGGAGCUGCCCCCGCCGAAGGAGAUGCGUGCCGUCGUGCUGACCGGUUUCGGUGGGUUCAAAAACGUCAAGAUCCUCAAGAAGCCAGAACCAGCCCCGCAGACCGGCGAGGUGCUGAUCCGGGUGAAAGCAUGCGGUCUGAACUUCCAGGACUUGAUGGUACGUUUGGGAGCCAUCGAUUCACCGCCAAAGACUCCAACCAUUCUGGGCUUCGAGUGCGCCGGUGAAGUCGAAGCCGUCGGCGAGGAAGUCGAAGGAUUCAAGGUUGGAGACCGCGUGGUUGCGCUACCAGAAUUCCGCGCCUGGUCCGAACUGGUAGCCGUCCCGACCAAGUACGUGUAUCACAUUCCGGACGAGAUGACAUUCCAGGACGCCGCUGCCAUCGUCAUGAACUACCUGGUUGCGUACAUUCUCAUCUUCGACCUGAUCUCACUGCGGGAGGGCAAGUCCAUCCUGCUGCAUUCCGUCGGCGGUGGUGUGGGACAAGCAAUCGUUCAGCUUGCGCGCACCAUCCCGAAUGUGACCAUCUUCGGUGUGUGUUCCAAGGGUAAGCACGAAGCUCUGGCCGCCACCGGAUUGAUCGAUCACCUGAUCGACAGAACCGACUACGUCAAUGAAGUCAGAAAAAUCACAACUGAAGGAGUCGAUGUGGUUAUGGAUUGCCUGUGCGGAGAGGAGUGCAACCGAGGCUACGGGCUAUUGAAACCCAUGGGCAAGUACAUCCUCUACGGUUCAUCCAACGUUGUCACCGGAGAGACCAAGAGCUUCUUCAGCGUUGCUCGUUCGUGGUGGCAAGUGGACAAAGUAUCGCCGAUCAAGCUGUUCGACGAAAACAAGAGCCUGGCAGGGUUCAAUUUGCGACAUCUGUUGUACCAACAGGACGGUUCGGCUUACGUUCGUUCCACAGUUGACAAAAUCUUCGACCUGUGGAAGGAUGGUAAGGUUAAGCCCGUGGUAGACAGUGCCUGGGCUCUGGAGGAUGUUGCCGAAGCCAUGCAGAAGAUGCACGAUCGCAAGAACAUCGGCAAGCUGGUGCUGGACCCGGCUAUGGAACCGAAACCGAAGCCUGCCACCCCGGCCAAGACCAAGUCCAAGAAACAGGCCAGCGAAGACAAGAGCAGCAAAAAAGACAAGUCUUCGGAGAACGGUGACGACAAAAAAGAUGAAGAAGCUAAGACCAAUGGCGAGGAAGGUGAAGCAGCUGCUACCACUCCGGAGGCGGUGAAUGGUGACAGUGCGGAAAAGAAGGAGGAGCCGGUCGCCACCAAUGGGGAGGCCACGGAAAGCGAGAAAAAGGAAUCGAGUUGAACAGCUUAAGCUCGUCCAGUCCGAAACUAUGAAUCACUUCACCGAGAACAACCAUCACCACACAUCAAAACAUGCCAGCAACAACGUCCCAACCAAUUUGAGUCGAACCAACACAUCUCCUGAGUCCCACCCAAGAGUGUAUGCAGUGUCCAGCAUCAUCCAACAGCAGCAGCACUUCGCUCACCUAUCCAAUGCAGUGCAGCUGAUUCCUAUCGUGGCAUUUUAACGAUAAUAACACUUGUCUUCUUCAGAAAAAUUUGUCUGUUUUACAUUUGCAGUUUUAUUAGGUUUUCUACUGUAUUUUUAAUUUAUGUCUCUACAAUCAGAUUAUUCUGUUCAAUUUUAUGAAAAAAGUGCAUCAUUCUUAUCGACAAUAUUAUCAACGAGAAGUAAAAAUGGAGUGAUCCCAGUAAAAGCAAGAGAGUUGUAUGCAUGAGUUGUUUUUGUGUUUUAAUAGUGAUUCUAUAGUACACCUUUUCAUGUCAAUCUUCUAUGAAUGAGCAGUUUUCAUAAUUUAGUAAAUGUUUCCGAUCUCAAUUGACCGCUCCCAUUAGAUUUUUUUUAGUUCGUUUACAGCUUCAUAGAGAAGCACGUAACAGAAGUCUUAGCCCUAAGCUAUGCCUAAUUAGGCAAAUCAAUAGAAACAAAACAAGCCUCGUAAAUGUUGAAGGUUUCAGAAUGCGAACGCAAAACCACAGACUCGUUUGUGCAUGCAUACAGGAGCAGACAGCCAAACCAUUGCCGCAGAUUUACUUGUGGACACGAUACACAACUAUAGGAAAAAAAAACACAUCAGAUUUCAUUCCGAUUCAUCACUCUCACCCAUCAACAGAAUGAAACUAAGCACAAAAAAGUAGCCUAUAUUCUUCAGUUGGUUAGUGAUUAAUUUGUAGGAGAUUCACGGUCUUAUUAUAACGAUGAUUUGAAAGCACUGGACCACACACGCCCUAUGCGAGCGAGUGGAAACAUACAAAAAUUUAUAAAUUUUCAAACUAUGUGUCAUUUAAUAUUGUAAUAUUUAAAUAUAUAUGUUUAAAUCCUAAUGUAUAACAGAAAAGGACGAUUUGAUUGAUUUAAAAAUAUAUAUUAGAUUCUUUAUAAUGAGAAUGAUUCUUUGUUUCCUUAAGGUAACUGUUUAUUUUACAAGGAAGAUAGCGUGAGAAAUAUAAGAUGUGAGGUUAAGAAGAGAAAGUAAGCAUGAGCAGAUAAUAUAUAUUCUGUUAAAGAAGGUAAAAGAAUCAAGUAAUGUCAUACAUUCUAACAGGCAAAAACAUGCAAUUGAAUAUUUCCACUGUUUCAUACGAUUAUAACAUUCAUCUUAAACGUUAUUAGUGGAACUUGAAAUCCCAUUUCCGACCAGAUAUUUUUGUCUUCUUUUGUAUAAAUUUUUAAAUAUUUUUAUUUUAUAAUACAUUUGACAUUUGAUUAA